GGCUCUGGUGCUAGUCCAGGGAGCGGCGUUGGCCGCGGGCUCCCAUAAAGGCGGGCCCUGCAUCUUUCCCGGGAGCCGUGUUUCCUCCUUUGAGGCCUCGGGCUGUUCGCUCAGACAAGAAAAGCAUCUCUCAAGCUCAUAUUUGUGUUGAAAUCAGUCCAUCUGUCCUCGCUGAUCCGUGGGUUUCUGUGUGACUAGGAGACUUCAGUUGCCUGACAACCCUGAAGAGGGACUUGGAGCCUGGAAAUGGACCCAGCACCUGCUCUCCUGGCUUACCUCUCGGGGGCCAACCCCUUCUCACUCUCAGCUCAGUGACUGCAACUACUGUACACCUAACUGCAAGUUAAGUCCCUGGUGGGGAAAUAGGAGACAUCCUGCACUUGUAGAAGGUAGGGAAGUCUGUAGCUCUUGCCUGGAUCUGUUGAAUUCACACAAAGGCCAGGGAGGAUUUGAUACAAGAGUCAGUAUUACCAGUAGUUUCCUAUUGUUGCUGUAAAAAAUCUAUCUCUGAGAUAGAUUUCUAAACAUGAAGUUGAUUGGGAAAGAGUAAACAUUUUUGCAGCUUUGCUCAUUGUUGACAAAUUUUUUUCCCUAGCGGUUGUAACCAGCAGUGUGUGAGAAUGCCUCUGAUGGCCUUACCAAUAGUGUGGCCCAGUGUUGCCUCUGUCGAUCUGACAGAUAGGAAAUAGUAUCAGUGCCAUUGCAGUCUCCAUCUUUGUUGUUGUGAGUAAGGUCAUUGGUGAUUCCACCAAGGAUGGAGUAGGGAAAACUAGGAGGGAAACUCAAUUCCAUGAGUUGGUAGUAGGGGAAACUAUGUGAGGACUGAGGAAAGAAGACAGAGUAGAAAACUGACUGGAAUGAGGGACAGAGACUGGCAAGUAACUGAAAAUAAACCUGUGCUCAAGGGUGGGUUCGUAUCACUACAAAGAUGUUGGAGCAGGCUCUCAUGGUGUGAGGAGGAGUCCAAAGUAGGAGAGCUUCAAGGGAAAGGGCAGAUGAGAGCAUGUCAAGUGCAGGAAGCUCCUCCCAAGUGGGAGGAUGAGCCCUGGGCCAGAGCUGCAGAGGGCACUGCAGAGAAGGGAGGUAGCAGCCCCUUGUCUGUGGCAAGAGGAAGGGAGCAGAGCAGGGCACAAACUGCACUGUUGGUACCUAAACAGGAAAGUGGAUUCCUUCUCACGACUAUUACUCUGAGAAGUAGGAUACAGGAUCAUGUGCAGAAAGUGAGAUGAUUUGUUGUCUAUUGCUGCCUAGCAAAUGAUCCCAAACUGUGACCACUUAAAACAAUAGUGAUCAUUUAUCAUCUCUCACUGGUUCUGUGGUUCAGAAAGUCUACUAGAGUGGCCUAACCAGAAUGUUCUGGCUUAGCAUUUUCUGGAGGCUAUAGGAGGCUGUCAGCUGGAGCUGCAUCAUCUGCAGGCUCCACUGGUGCUCAAGGCUCACUCCCCUGGCUGGAAAGUCAGAGCUGGCUGCUGGCAGGAAGCCUCAAUUCCACAUCUAGGCCUUUCCACAGGGCUGCUUGAGUCUCUUCCCAACAUGACACCUGGCUUCCCCUAGACCAGUGUCCAGAGAACUAAGACAGAAGCUGCAGUGCCUUCUAGCUGCACCUGGCCUUGGAAAUCACCCAUUGUCACCUCUGCCAUAUCUGUCAGUCCACAGGUCAGCCCUAAUUACGUGUGUGUGUGUGUGUGUGUGUGUGUGUGUGUGUCUUGGGGGCUACGCUGACACCAGGAGGCUCAAACCCUCUAGGCCAUUUAGGAAAGUGGUCAGCACAGAGGGAAAAGGUGAGGCUAUGUGGGGUUUAAAGAGAUGAGAGGUGGUCUGAAGAGUGUGGGAAGCCAUGCUGACCUGUAGGAUUAUCCUCCAGGGCCAAGGACUCUUUUCACAUUGGUGACAGUGCCCUUGUAGAAGCUAUAGCAUUACUGCCCUAAUGCAUUCUGCUGUGCCCACAUGUCACCCUGGAGCUAUACCUGGCUGGAGCCCUGCCGGACCACUGAAGGUAUAAUAGGGAGGAGGAGAGUGCCAUCGCAAGAGCCCCGUGGAAACAAGAGAAGGAGCAUCCAACUUCUCCUACUGCCCCAUUAGUUAGUGUCAAGGUCACAGGAUGGCGGCCAUCGUGCUACCCCCAGCUGGAGCAGGGUCUUCCCUGUGCCCAGCCUCCCAGCAGAAGAGAUGCAUAGAGGAGGAAAGGCUGGCUAGUGAACUCCUGACAAGCUGGUUACAGGACUUGGUAACCUUCAAGGAUGUGGCAGUGGAGUUCACCCAAGAGGAGUGGGCAUUGCUGAACCCCUCUCAGAGAACACUGUACAGAGAUGUGAUGCUGGAGAACUGCAGAAACCUGGCCUCACUUGGAUGUCAUGUUGAUAAACCAAAUUUUUUAUCCCAUUUGGAACAAGAAGACAAGGUAAUGACAGAGGAGAGAAAAAUUAUUCCAAGUAUCUGUCCAGAUGUACCGACCCUACUUAAAGCCAAAUGGCUAACUCCUAAGAAGCAUGUUUUUAGAAAAGAACAGUCUAAAUGUGUAAAAGUGGAAAGAAGUCAUCAUAGAGUGAAACUCAAUGAAUGUAAUCAGUGUUUUAAAGUCUUCAGUACAAAAUCUAACCUUACUCAGCACAAGAGAAUUCACACUGGAGAAAAACCCUAUGACUGUAAUCAAUGUGGAAAAUCCUUUAGCAGUAGGUCUUACCUUACUAUUCAUAAGAGAAUCCACAAUGGGGAGAAACCCUAUGAAUGCAAUCACUGUGGGAAAGCAUUUAGUGAUCCCUCUUCUCUUAGACUCCAUGUGAGAAUUCACACUGGAGAAAAGCCCUAUGAAUGUAACCAGUGUUUUCAUGUCUUUCGCACUAGUUGUAACCUCAAAAGCCAUAAGAGGAUUCAUACAGGGGAGAAUCACCAUGAAUGUAAUCAGUGUGGAAAGGCCUUCAGCACAAGGUCCUCCCUUACUGGGCAUAAUAGCAUUCAUACAGGAGAGAAACCUUAUGAGUGUCAUGAUUGUGGGAAAACCUUUAGGAAGAGCUCAUACCUAACACAGCAUGUAAGAACUCACACAGGAGAAAAGCCUUAUGAGUGUAAUGAGUGUGGGAAAUCUUUUAGCAGUAGCUUUUCUCUUACUGUGCACAAGAGAAUACAUACCGGAGAAAAACCCUAUGAAUGCAGUGACUGUGGGAAAGCCUUUAAUAAUCUCUCGGCUGUUAAGAAACACGUGAGAACUCACACUGGAGAAAAACCCUAUGAAUGUAAUCAUUGUGGAAAAUCUUUCACCAGUAAUUCUUACCUUUCUGUGCAUAAAAGAAUACAUAAUAGAUGGAUAUGAAUUUCUGUGGGAAAGCACUUUCUGAUAUCUCAUCCCUAAGACAACUUAUCUGUCACAGCAUUCCAAAUUACCCCACCAAAAGACUUUGUGGUUUCAAACAACAAACAUUUAUCAUCUCAUAAUUUCUGUAGGUCAGGAAUUCAAAAAUGGCUUAGUUCUGUAGUUAUGCUUCAAGAUCUUCCAUGAGGUUGCAGUGGAGAUGUUAACCAGAGCUCUGGUCAUCUGAAAUCUUUACUAUUAAAGGGUCUACUUCCAGGAUGGGUCAUUCAUGUAUCUGCAAAGUUAAUGUUGGUUAUUUCAUGGGACCUGCAAUUUCUCACCAUGUAGGCAUCUCCACAAUACUGAGUAUGAUUAGGCAGCAAGUUCUCCCCAAAGCAAGUGAUCCAAGAGAAAACCAAUACUAAAGCCAUAAUCUCAUCUGUGAACCAGCCUCAGAAGGACAUAUUUUCACUUUUUUCCUAUCAUACGGAUCACACAUACCAAUCCUGAUACAGAAUGAGAGAAGACUACGUAAGGUAUAACUACCAGGAGACAAGGACCACUAGGAAACUUGCCAUGAAAUUACUGAAGAAAAACCUCUAGUAUACCCUGUCUUUUUUAUUCAAUCAGUAUGAAACAGCAUUCAACUGACCUAUUAAUUCGCUCUGGAGAGAAAAGAGUACAGACCGUAUGGUAAAGUUUUUAGCUCACAUGCCAACACUGAUGUGCUGAAAAAUCCAACAAAGGAGAUGGCUAUAUUCCUGGAAAGCCUCCAGUGGUUAUCUCCAGGGAUUCUCAUGACAGUUCACACUGAGAGAGAAGCCUUUUGAAGGUCAUAAAAUGGAGCAGCCUUCAGGGACACUCAUCCCUUAAGAUACGCAUGGUAAAUCCACAGAAGAAGACACUUACAACAAGAAAUGUGAACAACUCUACAGCAAAAGUGUCCACAUUACUGAGCAAGAGAUAGUGAGGCCCUUUGGUUACAGUAACUGUGGGGAAGCAUUAAAUGUUUUCUCAAUUUUUAAGAGGUGAAAAUUCUAGAGAGAAAGUCCCUUUGAAUGACAUUGGUCUUAGAAACUUUCCAUUUUUCCACAUAUAUUGGGAAAUGUAUGGGAACUCACACUGCAAAGAAAGUCACAAUAAAAAGUAUAAGAGAAAGUCUUCAAUGAUGCCUCCGUGUUAAGAAAAAUACGAAAAUCCUCCCUGGAUGCAAAACCUCUGAGUAUCAAUUUUGGAAAAUUUUCAGUGAUUCCUGUCUUUGUUUUAUGGAAGAAACUCUAGAAAUGCAAUCAGUCAGUAUUAGGGCACCUUAUCCCAUCUCUUUCUGAGUGGCCAUGUAGUAAUUUAUACUGGGAACAAAAAGUAGAAAUGUUGAGAGUGUGGGAUCACCAUUAUCAAUGUCUUUUUUGUAGGUUGAGCCACCAGCUCAUUAAUUUUCAGUCUUUUUGUUUUAAUGUAAGUAUGCAUGUCUAUAACUAGUCCCUAAAAUAAACUUUUAACUUGCAUUCCAUAAUUUUAAUGCAAUAUAUUUAUUAUAAUGUACUCUUUAAGGAUAUCAAUACAUUGUAUAUUCAAAAAGUUAUUUCUCAAGCAGCUAAGGUGCCAGCCACAUAUACCAGAGCUAG